AUGGCUAGAAAUUCCAUAAUUAAAUCAUGGAAUAAUAACAAAGAAUAUAAAUUACAAAUACUUCUAAGAUUAGAACAAUUUGGUGAGAAAUCAUUCAAUGAUAGUUUACCUCACAAUAUCACUGUUUUUGUAAAUGAUCGUCAAUAUACGUUACCUAUAUUAAAUGUCCCUAAAUUUGGCCAAAUCACUUCAUGGCAACACUAUGUUCCUAUAGAUAUAAAUGAAUAUAUGGAUUUAAGAACAUGUUUACAAAACACAUUAAAAAUUGUAUGGUCUAAUAAACCAUAUAGUUAUUUAACUAAUGUUUUUGUAGUUCAAAUUUUAACUUGGCAACAUCUACUUGUAGAACUUAAAAAUAGACCAAUACGCACUUCUGAAAAAACUUUAAAAUUUAUUGAAAAAUUCAUGAGUAAAAGAGUCGGUUUUAAUUUAGACUCUGUGUUUAUUACUAUCAUGGAUCCGUUAACUAAACUGAGAUUAAAACUGCCCGCACGAGGAGUUGAAUGUGUACAUUUACAAUGUUUUGACGCAAUACAUUUCUUACAAAUUAAUGAACAAAAGCUAAUAUGGUCAUGCCCAAUAUUUCAAAGUCCAAAUUUAAGUGAAGAAUGUGAAAAUGUUAUUUUAUUAAAAGAUGGUACUUGGAUUGAAACAGAAACUAAUACUUUUAGCUUUUUCGAGUAA